GCCGUCGCUCUUUCCUUAUUGGCGAAUCGGCGGGCGAGUGUCGCGCAUGUGCAGUGCAUGCCGGUAGCUGUAGGCCUUGCUUUCCGUACUUGCUGUGUAAUUGGCAUCCUUGCUUGUGCUGCGAUCGUUGUUUCUCUUCCUCCUGUUUGCAGUCAUGUUCCUAACCCGCUCCGAGUAUGACAGGUGAGAGCACAGGCAGUAUGGCGGCAUCCUGGCAGGGGACCCGGGUCAUUGUGUAAUACAGUGUAAUAUACAGUCACAUUGUAUGAGGUCCAGUGCAGGGCUUUCUAGCAGGCGGGAUACAUAUUAAUAGAAAACCUACAUACACAGUGCUGUCAGUGUCUCUCUCUAUAUAUAACACGUAUGAUGCAUUGGGAAUUAGUAUUCAUUAAUUUAGUGUUUGCUCACACACACAAAAAAAUAGUUCUGUGGGAACAAAAGUGGAAUUGUGAUGGGUUUAGGACACUGUGUACAGUGAGCAUUAAUAGGUGACACAACGCGGCUGAUAUUGCUCUGUGACAAGGAGCACAAAGGGACAGGUAUCACGUUGUGACAAUAAGCUGGUUUCAAUCUGUGGCUCUAGGCAUCACGGGUCAAGAGACGAGUAGGGUCUAGUAUCAGCCAUGACAAAGAGCAGAAAGAAACAGGUAUCAUGUUAUGGCAAGGAGCUGCUUCCGUUCUGUGGCACUAGGAAGAAGGGGGGGUUAGUAUUGCGACCAGGCAAGGCGCGUGACGGGGCCAGUAUUGCGACCAGGCAAGGCGCGUGACGGGGCCAGUAUUGCGACCAGGCAAGGCGCGUGACGGGGCCAGUAUUGCGACCAGGCAAGGCGCGUGAAGGGGCCAGUAUUGCGACCAGGCAAAGAACUCGUAGAGUCAACCUUCUGCACUCCAGAUAUUGUGGGCUACAUCUCCCCUGAUGCUUUCUAGUAUUAUGGCUGUAGGAGCUUUAUGGGAAAUGUAGUCCACAACAUCUGGAGUGCUGAAAGUUUCCUGCCUCUGGCAUAGGGUUUGGUAUAAGCCAUGACAAGGAGCACGAAUGCCGCUACACAUAAUGGUUUGAAGUAUAAGAGAGCUGGAAAUGUUAUGUGAUACCAAUCAUAAAUGGGCUGGUUUCACACUUUGACUUGCACCACAAGUGGCUGGUAUUCAGCUAUGAAAAAUAUCAUAAGUGGGCUGGUAAUGUGCCAUAACAAGCAACAGCUGGUAGCACACCAUGACAAGCGGUAUAAAUGGGCUGGUAUCACACCAUGACAAGAGGCAUAAUUCUGCUACUAUUACACCAUAGCAUGGAACAUAAAGUGUCUGGUAUUAUGCUGUGACUAGAUUCAUAAUAGUUUGAUAUGCCGUGGCAAAAAAAUCUACAGGGGUUGGUGCACACUAGCAUGGAGUAUAAAAGGGACAAAGUAUCAUUGUGCUUCAUGAAUAUAAGCACACCAGUAUCACAGCAUUGCAAGGUGUGUAAGGGGUUCUGUAAAGCACUAUGGCAAGGAAUACUAUGAGCCGUUAUCACCAGUGGCAGGAAACUAUGGAAUUUGCCACAUCUUUUGGCAGGGAUCACAAGAGUUAUACUUUUACACCAUAGCAAGAAGUUUAAGGUCGCUGGUGCAUAUUUUGGUGUUUGGCAUACAAGGUUAAUGAACAGAGUGUGCGUGUUUUCAGAACGAUAGACAAAGUAAUGGAUCUGCUAAUAUCAAACUUGGAUUUUUUUUGUUUUCUUUUUUCUUAGGGGUGUCAACACAUUCUCUCCAGAGGGCAGACUUUUCCAAGUAGAAUAUGCAAUUGAAGCCAUAAAGGUAACAAUACUUACGAUUUUACAUUUGUCUGUGUUACCUACAGUCGUUUUUUUUAUUUUUUUUAUUUUUUUACUCCAGCUGAAAAUGAAAGUGAAAGUGCUUAUAUCCAUUUACAAAAUGAAAGUGUAUUAUUAAAAAUGGAGUCUUUUAUUGAAGCACCUUUCUACACAAAGCUCAGCUAGUGUCAAUUUGAAUUUCAAUUUGCUGUAAUAUAUAAGUAUAAAAACAAUAUUUCCAAAAUUGUCAGCAAUUAUGGACACUGGAAACAUCAGAAAGUGGUUUAAUCAUAUCAUCAACAUUGUAGUUCAUAUGGGAACUUUCAUCAGGGCAAUCAUGCAAGAAAAAAAUAUAUACAACACCAUAAAUUCUUAUUUUAUUCUAACUUGAACUGGUGAUUGUCAAACUACACGUAAGUGGAAGCUGAAAUUGAAAAUCAAUAUUGCAUAGUGAUGCAUUAACACAGGAAUGAUCCGUUUUAUAUAUAUAUAUAUAUAUAUAUAUAUAUAUAUAUAUAUAAAUAAAAGCCUUUUUUGUGAAUAUAAUUUUUAUUUAUAUUGCUUAUUUAAAGGUUUGAGACUCGCAGGUCUCUAAGGUGAGUUAUCAUAACAUUAUAAAACAUUAAUAUAUGUUUGGGCUCGCAGGCCCGCAAUGUUGACGCAUUUGCAAGUCCCUAUUAUCAAGUUUCUCAAGUAACUUCAUUUACAUUUACCAUCUGCCACUUGUUUUACUAAUUAAACUGUAUUUAUGUGGUUUAUAUGUUUCUUGUACAACAGCUGGGAUUCAUGUUGUGUAUGUGUUGAGGCUCGCAGGCCUCUUAUCCAACCUUGAUAAGUAUAUCUGCUUGGGUUGGGGUUAUUGUCUUGUGUGUGUCUUUAGAAGAGGGGGGGAAAGUCGGGAUUAGGGUGGGGAGGAGGGUGUUAGGGUAGUCAUUUGUCUUUCGUCUUCUGUCGUCCAGUGUGUGUGUUCUAAGUCUUAACUGUCUGUGGUUUGGCGUUUGUCUGAUCUAAGUUCCAUUUGGAAUCCUUCCUUCGCCGUCUCUAGGAUCCAAUAUGUCCAAAUGUCCAUGUAGGUCUUUGGGGUAGCGUUAGUUCCUCUGUUAUCCUGAGUUCCUCCAUUUGGUUGAACCAGGUCUUAAGUGGGGGUGUUAUGCUCUGCUUCCAGAAUUGGGGGAGUACUCGCUUGGCUACAUUAAGUAUUCGAAUGGUCAUAGAUCUUUUGUAUUUAGAAUGUGGGACAGGAGUGUGGUGUAGGAGCAUUGCUGCCGGUUCCAGGGGAGGUGGCUCGUCUGUGAAUUUCUCUAGCAUUUUGUGUGUAUUCUGCCAAUAUGGUUUAAUCUUUGUGCAGUCCCACCAGAUGUGUUUUAUGUCGCCCUCCUCUUGUUGGCAUCUCCAGCAUAGGCCAGAAUGAUCUGGGUCUAUCUGGCGGAGGAGGUGUGGUGUCCUAUACCAGUGAGUUAGUAAUUUGUAGGCUGUCUCUUGUGUUUUACUGUGUGUGGAGCAGUGGUGCGUGAGGUAGCAAAUGGAUUCCCAUUCUGUGUCUGUCAGUGUGUAUCCUAGGGCAUUCUCCCACUUCCCCAUAAAUAGGGGUGUCUCGGUUGGGAUGUCUGUUUGUAGCAUGGUGUAUAGGAAGGACACUCCAUGUGGGAGCCGGUCUGGGUGCAUGCAGACCACCUCUAAUGUGGUGUGUUCUCUAGUGAGUGCUGGUCCCUGUGGUAGAGUGUGGACGUAGUUGGUUAGUUGGGAAUAUCUAGUGGUGCAUAAAGGUCGGGGGUACCUCUCCCAUCAUGUCCGAUAGCUUUUUGCAUUUCCCUUCCUGUAGGACGUGAUGUAAGCAUGGGUGAGUGUCUGGAAGGAUGUCUCUGAGGACUCUUGGGUCUAGUCCCGGGGGGAAGUCGUUGUUAUAUGUCAAUGGUAGGCGACAGGGGAGAGGGGUAUGGCGAUAUAUAUUCCCUUUCACCGCUGCCCUCCUCCAUAUUUUCAGGGUGUGUCUGGUGUAGAUGGACAUUUCGUCGCGUUUCUGUCCCAGGGCAGUCCCGAGAGUGGUCUACCCGCCUCUGUCUCCUCCACUGUCUUCCAUAGUUUGUGAACUCUGUCUUUUGACCACUCUACAAUUCUCUGUAGGUGUGUGGCCACAUAGUAUAAGUGGAAGUCCGGGAUGGCUAAGCCUCCUUUGUCCUUAGGCCGCGUCAGGGUAGUGAAUUUCACCCUGGGUUUCCCUAAGUUCCAUGCAUAUCUGAUCAUUUCUGUUCUGAGGGUGUUAAGAAAGGGGCUCGGGAUCUCGAUGGGGAUGGUUUGGAGGAGGUAGAGGAGGCGUGGGAGGAAAUCCAUUUUUAUGACCUGUACUCUCCCUAACCAGGAGAUGUGUGUGUAUAUGACCAUUCCCGCAUGUCUUUUUGGAACGUCUGAAGUGUGUCUGUAAAAUUUUCCCUCAGCAUAUCUCCGCUCUGCCUAGUCAACCAGACUCCCAAGUAUCUAAUUUUGUGCUCGGCCCAUUGGAAGGGGAAGCUGUGUCGGAGGGGGUUUGCCCUUGCAGUAGGGACGCUAACGUUGAGAAUGAACGAUUUACUAUGAUUAAUUUUCAGGUUGGAUAUAUCUCCAUAUAUCUGUAGGUCUCUCUGGAUGUUCGGGAGGGAGAUUUCGGGGUUGGUUAUUAUAAAGAGUAGGUCGUCCGUGUAAGCGGCCACCUUGUGGUAUGUGUUACCUGUCGUUAGGCCGGUUAUGUCCGUGUUAUUUCGGAUAUGUGUAAGGAACGGUUCUAGGGCAAGGACGAACAGGAGUGGGGAGAGGGGGCAUCCCUGUCUCGUGCCAUUGUGUAUUUGGAAGGCAUCUGUCAGUGCCCCAUUUACCAGCACUUGAGCCGUUGGUUCUCGGUACAGUGCCUCUAUCCAUUGUCGCAUGUGUGGUCCUAAUCCUACGUGGGCCAGUGUUUCGAAGAGGUAUGUCCAGCAUACUCUGUCAAAGCCCUUCUCUGCAUCCGUUGACAGCAGGAGAAGGCCCCCUUUCUAUAAAAGCCUUUUUGUAGAAAACAAUACAUACAAGAGACAUACUAAAUAAAAUGAGCCCAGUACAAAGGUUUCAAGUCCAUAUGGCAGAUCUAGUCAGAUUUUAAGAAUGCAUUCCAUUGAGGGCUGAUAACACACAUAUCUAUUUUAAAUAAAAUAUUUUUCAGAUCAAUUGAAGACAAAAAUAAUCACUUAUUGUGAUUAUGUUAAAUGCGAAUAAAGAGACAAUGCAUGCUUUUCAUUGUGUAUUUCAAGAGCUUUGGUGGGCCACACCCAUGAGAGCAAAGAUGGAAGUAUUGUAUAUUUUUUUUUGUAUUUAAGUGAUAGAAAAUGUGUAGGUUAGAUCACCUCUACAAGCAAUAAUGACUUAUUUCUCAUUUUUAUGAAGUUACAUAGUAUUGACUUACAGGGCUGUGAAAUUUGGAAAAAAUAUCUACUUUUUCAAGGGAGUGGUAACCCAAUCAAUUUGUCCUGACAAAUGUAUUUAAUAUACAAAAAAUGGGGACACCUGGCAAGAGCUGUGGACUUUGAAGGGCUAUUUGCUAAACUCUGCAUUUUCACAAGUUAAGACACAAUUAGCUGAUCUGGAAAGAGUCUCUAACUCCACCAUAGAAACAAUGUGGCUAUUUUUGCUUCAGUUUUACCAUUUGGAUUUAUUUUGCAAAAAAUCAGGGAUUUGUGAUUAUUUGUAUAUGUCUCACCCUCUGCCGUAGUGUGCUGGUUGUGUAUUGAGUGUUAACUCUGCUAUCUGUAUGUUGGUGAUGUCGUGGUGCAUGUUUAUUGCAUGUGGUGUGCGAGUGUGGUGCGUGUUGGCUGUAUGUGGUGUGGUUUAUGGACUGGCUCUAUAUGAUGUGUGUGUGUGUGCUGGUGCUCUGUAUAACCCCAUGCUUGACUUUCUGCAGGAGAGGGGCUAUGAAGCAUGGUGUUACGAUAAAGCGUCAUACCUCAGGUGAUCCAGUAUGGGUUUACUCUGCCUGGUAGGUGGGGGGAGAAGCGCAUUCAGUCUUGGAGGCCCCACCUCACAUCUUUCAGGACAUAAAGGAUCUGCUGCUAAUGUUUUGGUGCCAAAUACCACCGGACAUGUUCAGAGGUCUUGGGGAGUCCAUGCCUCAAAGCAUCAGAUCUGUUUUGGUAGCACAAAGGGGGCCCAACUGAUAUUAGGCAACUGGUUGUAAUGUUGUGGCUGAUCAGUGUAUGUAUGCAUCUGUAGCUUAGGUUCAUAAACUUUAAACUGUUUGGAGUGUUUAGUGUAGCUAGUGUUUAAGGGAUGUCUGCAUGAAUUUGGUUAAUUGUUUUAGUGUAGGCUGAGGACUAGUUCUUUAAAAUAUAAGCUGCUUUGAAUUGGCAAGCUUUAAACUACUUCAUAGGGUAUUCCGGGCAGAUGGAGUUCAUAUGGUUUGACAACUUACUCUGGGUGAGCACCGGGACUCUCCUGGCACCAUAACUGCUACAGUUACCUCAAAACGCUAGUAGUUCUAAAGCCACUUUAAUAUACCUGCUAUUUUUUGUAAUCUGUUUGUUCAUUUACUCUGUAUGUACAUUUUAUUUAUCCCAGAUUUCUAUGCUCUGUUUUUUGUUUAAAAAAUAAAUAUAAAUUUAUAUAUAUUUAAUAUUAUCUCCUGAUGAAAGUCUGUGUGCAACAGACUGAAACGUUGACCUAUUUUUUUUUUUUUAAAGCAAAUUAAAAGCUAAGUUUUAUACUUAUUACAAGUCCUGGGAGUGCUAUCUGGAUUGUGUGAAUAUAUAUAUAUAUAUAUAUAUAUUUUUUUUUUUUCUGGUCAUACUCCUGAAACUGGGAAUAACAGAUGUAUAUCAUGUAUUGUACUGUGUUGCUAGCUACAUUUGUUAUAUAAUCUUGUUUCAGCUUGGCUCGACAGCCAUUGGGAUCCAGACAUCAGAAGGAGUAUGCCUUGCAGUCGAGAAAAGGAUUACAUCUCCACUGAUGGAACCCAGCAGCAUUGAGAAGAUUGUAGAAGUAGAUGCUCACAUUGGUAAAUAUUGCAACCCCCAACACACACGCAUCUGAUGCCAAUGAAUAUGCUACCCUACAGAUUCAAUUACCUUCAGUUAAAGGGUUAUUCCUAGCAUGAUAACCACUACAGUUCUCUGUAGUGGUUAUGAUGCCAGGUACAAUUACUUGGUGAGGAGGCAAUGGUUUGUGACUAACGUGGGUAAGGUACAAUGAAUGGUGGCUUUUAUCCAGAUAUCCAGUUUCUGCAGAGUGGAUGCCAACAGUGCUGUGCAUUCAUUAACUGAGAAUGCUCUCACUAAAUGAAUGGGUACCUGUGCAUAAAAUAUGUAGAAUUAACUCGACUGCUGCUGGCGCUGUCAUACUCCAGUACUGUUCAUAGAGGGUCGUUGUACCAUGACCACUUCAAAACAGUUAUGUUGUUUGGAAUAACUCUUUAAAAUAAACCCGGAGGAAUGUCUGCUCUUUUUGGGUACAUUUAUACAUUUGUAGAAGGUGAAAGGUAUCUGCUACAGAAAUGGAUGUGGCAUUUUAACACGUUUAUUUUGAAAGCAUUUCACUUUAUUUAACGAAAGCCAAAAUAUAAAAGUGAACCUAUUUUUAGUAAAACAAAGUAAGUCACAUUAAGAGUAUCUGUUAGAGCAUUACUUAAAGUAUCAUGACCACUGCAGUGUUUUGACGUGGUCUUAGUGUUUGGAGUCCAUGUGCCUAGUUUCACUUUGAAAUGUCGUUAUCCAUCCCAAAACUUGUGUUCUAUGUUAAUUAAUGUGCAUAUUGGAUGUCUGUCAUCAGCAUGCAUUGCAUGGUUGCGACAGACAACUAGUGGUGGCAUGUCUCUCCCCCUCCAUGCCACCCAAUCGGACCUAUCUCCAGGACAACCUUCCAACUGCAGUGAGGGUGAGUGACCUCACCAGAGGAGAUUCAAGCUGUAGGGUAAACUUUGCCUCAGCGUGGGAUGGCAGAUAAGUUUAUCUUUGAUUUCUUUAUAUAUCUUAUUUUUACUCCAUCCAAAACAGUGCAUUAUUAAAACACAGUUUCUUUUUUUUGUUGCAUUAACCAUUUAAAGAAGCACUAUAGGGUCAGGAACACAAACAUGUAUUCCUGACCCUAUGGGCUUAAAACCACCCUGUCCCCCUCAUGCCUCCCUAAAAAUAGUAAAAUCCUACUUGUAUUCAAGCCUGAUGCUGUAACUCUGCAUGCUGUUUGCCUCAGAAAAACAAGCUGUCUGCUGACAUCAUCAGAAGUGGUAGCCUGAUCCAAUCACAAUGCUUCCCCAUAGGAUUGGCUGAGACUGACAAAGCGGCAGAUCAGGAACAGAGCCAGCACAAUUCAAACACAGUCCUGGCCAAUCAGCAUCUCCUCUUAGAGAUGAAUUGAAUCAAUGAAUCUCUAUGAGGAAAGUUCAGUGUCUGCAUGCAGAGGGAGGAGAUACUGAAUGUUUGGAUGCAUUUUAGGCAGCCAUGACCCAGGAAGGAUCUCUAACAGUUAUCUGAGGAGUGGCCAGUGAAGUUAUCACUAGGCUGUAAUGUAAACACUGCAUUUUCUCUGAAAAGACCGUGUUUACAGCAAAAAGCCUGAAGGUAAUGAUUCUACUCACCAGAACAAAUCCAAUAAGCUGUUGUUGUUCAGGUGACUAUCGUGUCCCUUUAAUUUGGGGGAAUUUUUAGUAUCGCCUAUUUAAUUCAAAGUAUAUAUAGAGCUGAUUUAUGGUCCACUAUGUUGUGUUUUUUUUUUUUUUUCUGUAGGCUGUGCAAUGAGUGGAUUAAUUGCUGAUGCAAAGACCUUAAUCGACAAAGCAAGAGUUGAAACACAGGUAUCACAGACACUUUAAAUGGCACAAUACUUAUAUUCCUCAUUUCCUUAAAUAUGGAGUGUGGUUUUGGCACAGAUGUAUAUUAAAGGAUAAUCAUGAACUGGAAAAAAUGUUGUGGCUGUAAGAUAAAUAUUCGGAAUAGAACUUGAUAACCAUGAAGGCUACAAACAUUGUAUUUAUUUAGCAACAAAGGCAUAUCAGAGCAGUGUUAAUUUUGGUCUAAAAAGUCGUAUUAGUCGUCUGAAUUGUUUUAGUCGACAAAAUCUCCAGUAGAUCUGUCUCUUUUGCCCCUUCCCCAGCCCCUCUGUGGCUCCCUCACGUGCCUGUUAAUUUUGGCAGCAAAUUUCAAUUUAGUUUUAGUCAUAGUCUUUCGACUAAAAAGCCUUUUUAGUUUUAGUGAUUUUAGUUAUCUGAAUGAUUUUAAUCUAGUUUUACUCGACUAAAUCUCAAAUCUUUUAGUUGACUAAAAUUCUUAGUCUACAAAAUUAACAACAUAUGACAUAUGACAACAUACAUAUAUACACAGGGACAGUGAAAACAGCUCCCUGAAACCUGUUAAUAGGACUGUACAAAUCACUGGACUGUUCACCCAUUUGGACAGAAUAGGAAAGCUUUCUUUACAUCAUAACCGUAAAUUUGUAGAAUUCCAUUCUCUGCCUAGAGAUGUUGCUUUGUCAGACUCAGUGUAUAUAUACAAAAAAAAAAAAGUCUGGAGGUCACUCUGGAAUAAUAUAGCCGUCAUGUGUAGAAUACAUUAACAGCUUGUUGAUCCAUCAUGAAGUGAAGACAGACUGAUUUAAUUUGUCACCUUCUUUAGAAAAACUGUAGAAACAGAUGUGAGAGGCUAAAUAUUAUUUGUGGGGUUCAACCUCCCAAAGUGUAAAUUAGUCCUCAUGCACUCCCCAACAAUGUCCCAAAAUAGCCAAACUGGUAGCAUCUUGCGCUUAAAUUUUAAAUUCACCUUGUAUUCUCACUGUAAAGAAUAACCCUGUUAUAGAGUGCUGUAUUGUAUGCCUGAAUGUAGUGACAAAAAGAUAAUUGUAUUGCCACUUCUGUACUCUGCCUAGAAUCACUGGUUUACUUACAAUGAAACAAUGACUGUGGAGAGUGUUACUCAAGCUGUGUCUAAUCUUGCGCUGCAGUUUGGAGAAGAGGAUGCAGAUCCCGGAGCAAUGGUUAGUAUCCUAGAUUGUACACCUGGCAAUCCAUUUUCUUUGUUUAGUGUUUACGUUUUGUUUUACACCCAAUUUCUUUUAUACACAGCUCAUUCCAGCAUGUGCUUCACCUUUUGUUCCAGGUUGCCUAACUUGCAUUGCCAUAAAUUACUUGGUCACACAUUGUUCUUCUUAUAUAAAACAUAUUUUCCUGUUUUUCUAAAAUAAUUAUAAAAUGCCAUCAGGUUCUGCAUAAUAAAACACGGCUAAAGGCAAACUGCCAUCUAACACACUUUACAUCAACUUACAAAAUGUACCCAUAGCUAUGUACUGAUGGAUUCCGGGUAAUCCUCUUCAAACUAAGAAUCCAGUAGGAAGUGGGUUUUUGGAUUCCCAUAUUUUGCAAAAAAAAUUUGAUACUAUUCUUUGAGGAGCAGGGAUGUUAUUUCUUUAUUUGCACUUGAUAAAUAUGCAUCUCUGGCACUCCCCUGCAGGAUGUUUGAACUUGACAUCUCUUGGUUCUCUGCCUGUAUUGGUAAUCCCUCUUACCCCCUCCCCUCCCCCCUUUGUCCAUGCAUAGACUUUACACUUCUUCGUUACUGAUUGGAAUUUUCCCUGUAAUUUGUAUGCAAAUGCAUUGUUGGGUCUGCUUCCUUUGUUUCAGAGCCGUCCAUUUGGUGUGGCACUGCUGUUUGGCGGAGCAGAUGAAAAAGGACCACAACUGUGAGUAUAAAUUCGUGGCCACGCUAGUUUGGUAAGCAGUGUUUAUUUAUGGUAUGGUUUUAAUAUGUGUUUUCUCAUCUGCCCCUUCUUUUAUCCUAGAUACCACAUGGAUCCAUCUGGAACAUUUGUACAGUGUGAUGCGAGAGCUAUUGGCUCUGCUUCUGAAGGAGCUCAGAGCUCUUUACAGGAGGUUUAUCACAAGGUGAGAGUAUUGUCAAGGAUCAGACAAAGCACAAGUGAAAUGCAGGAAAACCCUGUUUUAUUGAAAAGCCUCCCAAUAAUUUAGAAUUAAAUGUCUUAUAGUAUUGUGUUGGUGUAAGUUGUUAAUGGCUAGUCUAAAGACACACUGAAUUUUGUUUAAUUCCAGUCCAUGACACUGAAAGAAGCUAUUAAAUCUGCCCUCACUAUAUUGAAGCAAGUAAUGGAGGAGAAGCUGAAUGCCAUCAAUAUUGAGGUAUUUAUUGAGCACUUAUUGUGUGUAUUUGUGUAGCAUUUUCAAAGUAAUUAACAGAACUUGGUUUUGCUUAAUACAUUUUUAUGCAAACAAUCCAGUCUCCCUUAAUCCAUUAAAGACUAAUGAGGGUCUCUGCUGUUAUAACAAUCUGUGUAAGGAUCUGAUUCCAGAAAUUAAAUUACUUACUGUCGUGCUCUUCUGGGACACAAGUGUGAUGACACCAGAGUAUCGUAAUUGGUCUUUAAGUGGUUGUCUCUUUUUACAUUGGGGGAGCAAAUGUACAUGUACAAAGUUGGCAGUUAAAAUUCUUUUUGCACAAAUUUAGUUUUUAAUACUGCAAAGUUGGCAUUAUCCUUUCCUAAAGUAAAAGUUACACUUUAAUUAAAAAGUUAAACAUUACCCUAAAUGAGAGGUGCUAUAGAGCCUAGUUUAUCAAUUUGUAGUAUGUGUACCACAGGAUAUAAGCGUAUUAAAGGCAGGGGUUAUGCCAAGAGGUGGCCAGCUUUCAUCCUUUUCGGCACUCAGUGGUGACCGGCUGGUUGGGAAUGGAGGUGGCAAGGGAGCUGUAAUAGUCAUGAUCUUUUAGCACUGCUCCCUUGCACACUCUGUGCUGAUGCCGGGUUAUGACGUCACUCCGACCCUGUCAUCACUAAACCGUAAGGGGGGAAGCAGUGCUGGAAGAUCACGAAGAUGGUAGCAGCCACACACUAGAGCCCAGGGAAAGGAUCCACUCCAGCUCUCCCAAAGGUAGGGUGGUUGGGUGGACUAUAGUAAAGAAUUAUAGUUUGUGAGUGGGUGAGAUAAUGUGUGUGUCUGUGUCUGUCAGUAUCCUCUUUGUGUAAAUGUUUUUGUGUCAGUGUUCUCUGUGCAUAAAUGUGUUUCAGUGUCAUGUGCCAGCAUCCUCUGGGUAUAAAUAUGUGUGUGCUGGUGUCCUCGGGGUGUAAAUGUGUGUGUGUUUCAGGGUCCUCGGUGUCUCACUGUUAAAGGGACACUAUAGUCACCAGAACAACUACAGUUUAAUGUAGUUGUUGUAGAGGGUAUAAUCAUUCCAUGCAGGCAUUUUCAUGUAAACAGUGCCUUUUCAGGCCCUGCGUGGAGCCGCUGGAUUUUCCUCAUAGAGAUGCAUUGAUCCAAUGCAUUUAUAUGAGAAGGUGCUGAUUGGCCAAGCCGACAUUUAUCUUAGCCAAUUUCGGUCAAUCCAAUGCUUUCCCUAUGGUAAAGCGUUGGAUUGGCUAAAAAUAAUACAUUCUGAUUGUGUCUGCAAGAGGGGGAUCAGAGCGGGGACAGUGCAGACUUGCGCAGCGCUGGAAAUAAGGUAAGUUUCAUUACCUUUUAAAGGGGGUAACAUGGGAAAAGCCACCUAAAUGGUGUUAUAACAUGUUUGUGUUCCUAACCCUGCAGUGUUCCUUUAAGUGUGUAUUAUAUUUUUAAUUAGUGACUUUUAUACGUCAGAUUAAUAGUUCAUACACGCCUCCUUACAUACACAACAUUCACAUUAUGUCAUAUUCUUUACUACAUUUAAUCAGACUUGUUCUCCAGUAUGGGGUUAACUUGCAUAUCAGUGUGUACAUGUUUCAUUUCAAAUUUAAAUCAAUAGAAAUUACUUUCUCGAGGCAGGGGUCCUUGUGAAAUGUUUUUUAGACCUGCAGGGCUACUUCUCCGUAAAAGGUUGAGAAACAGUGCUUUAGAAUGUGUUUUAGGUAUCACAGUAAAUGCCUCUUCAGUUGCAGUAAGCUGUCACUAUUCCCAUUGAUCUUUUCCCAUUUCCAGACACUCUAACGGAGAGAAAAGAGACGAAGGCAAAACACCCACACUAAUAUAGACGUAGAUAAAAGAGAAACACGCUGCAAAAAUAGAUGCCAGCACACACAAAAACAUUAACAAGCUGUUUAAAACAGUGAGUGACGGCUUUGCUCCAUGGAAAUAUAUAUUCACUUUGAACAGUGAAGUAUGAGACUGGAUUAAUUAGCUGCCACAUCAAAACUGCAAUGCUUUUAUGUUUGUUUUUUUUAUUUACUUUUUUUUAACUUCCUUAACUAGCAAAAAAAAAUCUUAAAUGUGAGAGUAGUGACCAUUUUUUCUCUGCAAACUUUUUUUUGUCAUUUGGUAAUAAAAAAAGAAAAGGGGGGGAAAAUUUUUUCUUCAGUAGCUUUUUACAUUUUUUGUAUUUAAUAAAAGUAUUUUUUCCUUUAUAUUUCACAUUCCUUUCUUGGUUGAGGAAGUACAGAAAUUCUUUCCCUGUCCUUAGAAUGCUGGAUCUCAUUUCUCAGCUUGUUAUAAGGAAUAUGACAGAUCUCCUCGUUCAGCAGAGGGAGGGGUGAGGGGGUUCUAUCCAGGGAGCUAUUCUGGUGGCAGGUGGCUAUAUUUGGGGCAUUGCAGUAGCAGAGAUUUUUUGCUGACACUCAUCACACUCACAGCAGCUGCUCAACCCAUCUCCUCCCCUUCUUCCCCACUGAUUAUCCGUGUCUUUCUUCCACAGCUAGCUACAAUUGAGCCUGGGAAGAAGUUUCACAUGUACUGCAAAGAGGAGCUGGAGGAGGUGAUAAAGGAUAUUUGAGCAUCUCCAUACUUACUGUAGCAGAUUGCAACUGGUCCCUGCUGUUCCACAUCCAUUUUUUUUUUAUAUAUAAAUAAUUGUCUGUAUAUAAAUGCAGCUGAGAAUCAUCAGAAGUAAACUUUCUUAUUCCUUCAAAUGGUGGUUUUUUUUUUCCCUUCUCAUCUUAAUAGCAUAGUUCAGUAUAUAAUGAGGGUGGUAUGUGGAGAUUUUAUUAGCAAAGCAAUAUAGGUCUAAAGUGAAUCUGACAAGCUACAAAAACUUAGCAAUUAUUGACAGAGCAUAAAUGGCCUCCAGAUUGUAUUAUCAUGUUUUAAAUUGGCUUUGAAACUUGGAUUUUAGUUUUACUGUAUUAUGCCGGAACAUAAGCAGAGAUGCAUAUAAAUAAAGCACACACUGGUAUACUAGAUCCAAAUAAAUAACACUAUAACGCUUAUUGAGAC